CUCAACUCCGCCGCAAACCCUAAAAUUCCACCACCGCAACACCUCAUUUCAAUGGUCAUAAAUUACCGCCCAAUAAGAAACAAAUCCACCAAAUUCCUAUAUAAACACCACACUUUCCAUACUUUCCACUUAUCAUUUUUUUAAUCCUCUCAAAAUCACCUCUAUAUAUUCAAAGUCAACAUUUUCCCUAUACUUACCAUCAUUAUCACAUUUUUUCAAUUUGUUCAAUUUUGGAUACAUGAAGAAAGAAGUUAGUAAUUGUGAUGGAUCGGUCAACGGUCAACGCCCUCAGCCGCUGCGGACCGGCAAGGAUUCACACGCCAUCCAAAAGCCGGCGGCGGCGAGGCGGCAGCCGGUGAUCAUAUACUCGCACCCGCCGAAGGUGAUCCGCGCGGCGCCGAACGACUUCAUGAAGCUGGUGCAGCGGCUCACCGGAUUAUCGAGCGGCGACGACGGAUCGCCGCCGUCGCCGGCGCCGGCGGAGGAGGUUUUCUCCGGCGAAGAGAAUAAUUGCGAGGCGAAGCCGGAUCCGGCGAUGUAUGAAAUGUCGAACACGUAUUUGGUGGAGGCGGCGGGGUCGGGCGAUUUCUUCUGCUCGCCGCGGACGAGCGCGGUGCUGGAGUCUGCGGUGGCGGCGACAGCGAUCUCGCCGUCGAUGGUGGAAUACAUGAAGAUGUAUCCCGAUUACUUGUGAAGAUUGAAUGGACGAAAGAGGUGAAAUUGUUUCAUUUUUUUUAUAUAUAUGUUAAUUAUGAUUUAGGUUUGGAUUUAGGAGAGUUAGUGAUUGGAUAAAUUAGUU